AUGUCAUCACAUACCACUGUUAAAGCUGCUAACUGGAGAUUCGUUGAAUUAGGACGUGUUGUCUUGAUUAACAACAAGGAAUUAGCUACCGUUGUUGAAAUUAUCGACCAAAAGAGAGUAUGUAUUUAGAAUAGGGAAGACGAAGCACGAAAGAACAUGAGAUACACGAAAUGUAAUGAAAGGAAUGGUACCAUGUCUACGGGCAUAAGAAGAAGAAAUUUGGAAGAUGUAGGACCCGAAUGGUGGAGAGGUACUAAUAGUGAAAAAUUCAUCGUGGCAAACGAAGAGGACCGAAUGAAGAAAUGGAGAGCCCAGGAUGGCAGGAAUAAGCUCUGGGUAUCGUGGUAUUAGUUCUGUGUAGUCAAUACUUUGAUUUUGAAUGAUUUACUAACAUAUUAUAGGUUUUGAUUGAUGGUCCAAAGGUUCAAAGACAAGCCAUCCAAUUAGGAAAGGUUGUCUUAACCCCAAUUGUUUUACCAAACUUACCAAGAGGUGCCAGAACCGGUGUCGUCAACAAGAAAUGGGCUGCUGCCGAUGUUGACUCCAAGUGGGCUGCUACCUCAUGGGCUAAGAAGUUAGCUUCCAGAGAAAAGAGAUCCCAAUUAUCUGAUUUCGAAAGAUUCCAAGUCUUAGUCUUAAAGAAGCAAAGAAGAUUUGCUGUCAAGAAGGCUGUUGCUAAGGCUUAAAUGUUAAAAAGAAAUUUUAAUUUUUGAUAAAUUUUCAUAUUACUUAUAUGUAUGUAUUCUUAGUUUUUAUUAGUUUGAGGGUAUCAUAGUUAGGUUUUUUUUUAAUGUUUACGUUUUCAUAAUUUGUAUAAAA